CAAGGGACGAAAGUCGUUUCGAGUCCAGCGUUUUUGAGUGCACAUCUUUAUAUUACCUGCUCAUWYUAUUACUUCAAGAAAUGAUUUGUUAAAUUGCUAAAACAGUUUAAGUUGAGUAAGAGGAACAAGGUCGACAUAAUUCUGUUUAUCUUGGGAUUUCURCAGCUGUGUUAGUGGUAAAAUGUUUGUUAUUUGURUCCUUAUGAUUUUCGACUGGUUUUUWAGUCAAUACGGUGUCCAAGGUCAAUGUCCGGCAUAUGCACCGAACAUUGUUGAAAAACAAGGCUCUCGUUUGUAUGGACAUGUUAUCACCUGGUUGUAUGCAGAAAAGGAGAUUCUCUGUAGACUCAAGUGUAAUAUGAUUGAAAAAUGUUUAACAAUCAAUUACAACUCAGCCAAAGAGAUCUGUGAAUUAAACGAUGGUGACGAUUUAAAGGACCUUCGGCCGUCUCAAGGUUUCGUCUACAUUGAUAUGAAGGUUAGCCCGCGAAUAAUGUGUUGGUCUUUUGAAACCACGUCUCUGCAGUCUCACCUGAAUACCUGAGAAAUUACAAUUUCAUCAAUAUUAAAGUCCCGCCAUUU